AUGAUAAUACAGCGUCGCAUUGGGCACAUAGCCCGAAGGUUGACUUCAACGACGAACGAUGCCGUGACAAUUCGACAAUAUUCCGCUGCGGCGGUGCCGAAGACGGAGGAGCCCAAAACCCCAGUAUCGCCUCGAUGGCUCUCGGACACCAAAACACGCAUCGGCAAAUGUAUAACAUUCGGGCUGCCGGCGCCUCUCGUGGAUGAAGCGGGCAAGAUCCUCCGCGUGCUUGGUACGGACUGGCGCAAUCUCGUUGCCGGCAGUGAAGGGUACCUGACGGACAAAGAACGGGCAGGCCUCCACCGGCAGAGCAUCGUCUGGGGCGAACAGGAUUCGAUGGGCCAUGUCAACAACGUCAUGUACGUGCGAUUCGCUGAGAGCGGGCGCUGUAACUGGACGCGUAACAUCGGACAGUACUUCGACCCCCGGCAUAAGACGGCAUGGGAAGAGCUACUGACGAACCGCGGGAUCGGUCUGAUCCUCAAGAGCAUCACCGUCGAUUUCAAGUUUCCCAUGACCUGGCCCGACCGGAUUUCGGUCUAUCAUAAGCUGAGAUCGAGGCCGGAUGAGUCGACGCAGUCGAUGGUUCUGGACGUCAUGAUUCUCUCCGAAGGCAAACAGCGACCCGCCGCGCGGUGUUUGGAGGACGUCGUGGUCUAUGAUUAUAAAGUGGGCAAGAAAAGUCGGCUGGAACCAUUUAUGUUGGCAAAAUUCAAGGAGAUUUACGAUCUCCAGGAGGCAGCCAAAACGGAGAAUCUGGAGAAGAUUCAGUCGAUCGAACAGCAAGUGCGACGUCUAGAGACAGAGAGCUGGGAUCGACCUGACGCCAAGGAGGACUUUGGUAGUGCUGCAGCAUGA